AUGCGUUCCCACAUUCUCUUCCUUGCCGCUCUGGCAAGCCAUGUUCUUGCUUAUCCCACCGAAGUCGCCGUUGAUCGUCGCACUUUCGGUCUCCUGUCCAAUAUUCUGGGCCAUGCCGCCACAGAUGUUGUCGGUCUGGUCGAUGCGGUCCUCGGCGGAGGUGUCCACGGAUCUGCGUCUGCCUCUGUCUCCAUCCUGGGUGGUCUCAGCGCCAACGGUGCCGCCGCCCUCGGAGGCAGUGCCCUUGGAUGCUCUUCUGCCAAGAUCGACGCCGGAGCUCGUGCUGAUCUCAAGGUGUGGCUUGCUGGUCAAGCCCACAUUACCGGUCAUCUCAAGACCUCCCUUCUGGCAUGGUGCGAGGGCCACGGCUCUCUGACCCUCGACGCCGAUGUCAUGGCUGCUUUGGCAGUCUUCGUUCCUACUUGUGCGGACAUUGCCGCCAAGAGUCACAUCUAUGUCACCGUCGAUGGUAUUUUCCCCUCCGCGCAAUUGUCUUCGACUCUUGUCCUCGACGCCUCCCUGCAGGCUUCUCUAUCCGCCUUCCUUUCCGCCCACGCUCAAGCGGGUCUCCACGCUCACGUCUCCGCCGGUCUCAGCGUUUGCGCGGCCGGUGGUGUUAUGGGCAGUUUGGACGCCGAUAUCAAGGGUACUCUCCUUGGUUGGUUGAACGGGUCCGACUGUCCUCUUGAGGCUAAUCUGCGCGCCUCUGUUUUGGGCUGGUGCAACGGUAGCCACGCCGACGGUCUGGUCGAGAUUGGUGCCAUUGCCGAUACCGCCCUUUCUGCUGUUUCCGUUGGUGCAUCCGUUGGCGCCUCCGUUGACAUUCACGGUGCCCUGUCCGUUCACGCCCAGGCUUCUCUCGCCGCUUUCCUGAGUGGCCAAGCUGCCGCCGGUAUCGAUGCUGGUCUUCUCGUUGGUCUGCAAGCCUGUGCUGGUGGCAAGCUUGCCGCUUCGCUCGAUCUCGAGGCUCGUGCUGCCCUUGCUGCCUGGAUCUCGGGCUCCAGCUGCUCCCUUGGUGUCGAGCUCAAGGCCGUCGUCUUCCUCUGGCUGUCUGCCGCCACCUCGGCUGACGUCUCCGUUGGCCUUGUUGGCGGUCUCGCUACCGACAUUUCUGCCUUCCUUCGCGGUGACAUCUUCGGAUCUCUCAGCAUUGACCUUCGCGGUGCCCUCGGUCUCCUUGCUGGAGGCGAGAGCAUGGUUGGUCUGUCCUGGGGUGCUCGCUCUGAGCUCGCCGGUUUCCUCGGUGGCUGCACUGGUCUUGACAUCGACUCCUCCAUCCAGCUGAUCAUCUCCCAGUGGUUCACCGGCUGCAGCAUUCCCGGUGCUCCUGCUCCUAAGCCCCUCCCCACCGGUGCCGAUGCUCUCGGAACCAAGCCUUCUGGCUCUAUUUCUGCUAGCGGUGUUCCCACUGGUUCCAUGCCCACUGACUCCAAGCCCACUGACUCCAAGCCCACUGACUCCAAGCCCACUGGUUCCAAGCCCACUGACUCCAAGCCCACUGGUUCCAAGCCCACUGACUCCAAGCCCACUGACUCCAAGCCCACUGACUCCAAGCCCACUGGCUCCAAGCCCACCGGCUUAGUUCCCUCUGGAACUGCUUCUGUGCCCGCUUCCUCUGCUUCCUCUCCCACUGGUCCUGCUGGUGGCGCUAGCGGCAACGGCGGUGCUUCUUCCUCCGGCUCUGCUUCUGGCUCUGCCUCCGGCUCUACCUCCGGCUCUGGCAACGGCUCUGCCUCUGGCUCUGCUUCUGGCAACGGCUCUACCUCUGGCUCUGGCAACGGCUCUGGCUCUGGCAACGGCUCUGGCUCUGGCAACGGCUCUGCUUCUGGCAACGGCUCUACCUCUGGCUCUGGCAACGGCUCUGCCUCUGGCAACGGCUCUACCUCUGGCUCUGCUUCUGGCUCUGCCUCUGGCAACGGCUCUGUCUCUGGUAACGGCUCUUCCUCUGGCUCUGCCUCUGGCAACGGCUCUGGCUCCUCCUGCGAGGUAUCUGGCUCUGGCUCUGAUUCUGGCUCUGGUGUCUCUGCUACCGGUAGCUCCGGCUCUGGCUCCACCACUGGCAACGGCUCUGCUUCUGGCUCUGCCUCUGGCAACGGCUCUACCUCCGGCUCUGGCAACGGCUCUGCCUCUGGCUCUGCUUCUGGCAACGGCUCUACCUCCGGCUCUGGCAACGGCUCUGCUUCUGGCAACGGCUCUGCCUCUGGUUCUGCUUCUGGCAACGGCUCUGCUUCUACCUCCGGCUCUGGCAACGGCUCUGCCUCUGGCUCUGCUUCUGGCAACGGCUCUGCUUCUGGCUCUGCCUCUGGCAACGGCUCUACCUCCGGCUCUGGCAACGGCUCUGCCUCUGGCUCUGCUUCUGGCAACGGCUCUACCUCCGGCUCUGGCAACGGCUCUGCUUCUGGCUCUGCCUCUGGCAACGGCUCUACCUCCGGCUCUGGCAACGGCUCUGCUUCUGGCUCCGACUCUGGUGUCUCUGCGCACGGCAGCUCUGGCUCCGCCUCUGCUUCUGACAACGGUUCUGCCUCCGGCUCCGACUCUGGUGUCUCUGCGCACAGCAGCUCUGGCUCCGCCUCUGCUUCCAUGCCUGCUGGCGGCAAUGUUGUUCCCACCGCCACCGGCGCUGGCUCCGUCCCGACUGCCAUGUCCACCUCUUGGGCUACUACCUGGACUGUUGGUGGUGGUGCCCCUGCCCCCACUGCUGCCCCUGUUCCCACAGGCGCCAGCGGCUCUUUCCAAGGCGAGGCCAAGACCGUCACCGUCUACCAGACCGUUUGCGGUUGCGAGUAA